UCCCCCACUCGCACAUGCACAAAUUCAGCUGUAAACCAACACAGGCCCCGUCGCGCUGUUCAAGCACAGGGGCAGAGCGACUGCCUGCUGCCUCCAGAGACUGGACAACCACACAGCACAGAGACAUGAAGACGGUGGUGUCUCAUCUCCUUAGCUGUGGUUUCACUCUCCGAUCUUAAUUUCCAGUGAGUGUGGGGUCAGCAGGGGCACACGGCCAUGUCUCUUCCACUGGAUAUACGCUCUUACCACAAAGACCCCUCACUGGGGACGCUGGAGAAACAACUCAUCUGUCCCAUCUGUGUGGAGGUCUUCACGAAACCAGUGGUCAUUCUGCCCUGUCUGCACAACCUCUGCCGCAAGUGUGCCAAUGAACUGUACCAGCCGUCUCUCUUCCAGGUUGGAAUCGGAGGACGUUUUCGCUGCCCUUCCUGUCAGCGUGAGGUUGUCUUGGACCGUCAUGGAGUUUAUGGACUGCAGCGCAAUUUACUCGUGGAGAACAUUAUUGAUGUUUACAAACAGGAGUCUGAAAGCUCUAGACCUCCGCCGAAGCCUCCUGCACUGUUCAGUUGUACGGAGCAUGAAGAUGAGAAGCUUAAUAUUUAUUGCCUGACGUGUCAGGUGACCUCCUGCUCUCUCUGUAAGGUGUUUGGGGCCCACAAAAACUGCCAAGUAGUUCCACUGCCUGAUGUUUACCAGCAGCAGAAGGCUGAACUCAGUGACAGACUUGCUACUUUGGUUUCCACAAAUGAACGCGUUCAGUCAUUUGUUAAUGAACUAGAGGCACUCCGCAGGAACAUAGAGGAAAACAGCAGGAUCCAGAAACAAAUUCUGUGCGAGAAGUUUGAUCAAUUAUCUGCCAUUCUGGAGGAACGCCGUAAGAUCAUGACCCAACAAAUCACCUCUGAGCAGGAGGUAAAGACUGGCUGGACCCAGUCUUUACUCCAGAUCUACAGUGAGCAUGUAGACACAAACUCAAAGCUGAUCCAGGCAGCCCAGAAUGCCAUAGAGGACCCAGAGAUGGCGUCUUUUGUGCAGACCUCACAAGAUCUUAUUGAAAAGGUUGGUGAAGCAUCUAACUGCUUCUCUCAGGAGACCCUGGAUCCUGACUAUGAGAAGAUGGAUCACUACAGGGUGGAUUUUGAUGCAGAGGAAAGAGUUCUGUACCAGCUGGAUUUCAUGGAGACUGAAGAAGAAGUGGAGGAAACACCUGAUGAACCAGAGUCAGAACCGGAGUCUGAACCAGAACCGGUGCUGACCCCAGAACCUGACCCUGAACUGAAAUCAGAGGGUUCUGAGAUGAUGAAUCCCACACCGGAGACAACAGAGGACACUUGUGGACAAGCAGACAGUUGUAGAGACAUCAGAAAAGUGGCUGUGUGUGAGAAGAAUGGCUUAAGCGCUUCACAGAUUGUCACUCUAGUCUUUUAUUUCCUGGGCUUUCUGGUCAUCCUCCAGCGAAUAUGGGGAAACAUUCAGUGCCUUAUUUGUAUAUAGCAGAGGUGAAGAGACAGUCUGCAGGUACUAACAAAUGCUCACAUGUUUUUGAAUAAAAACAAAGCCAAAGAUUGUUGUUUAAAUGGGAGGAAGGUUUUAAGAUAGACUGGAUUAGUAUCAUGUCUCUAUGUUCUUGCAUAAAAGUAAAGUCACUUACCAAGUUUUCUGCAGACUGGCAGAGCUGUGAGCUCAGCACUAGAAGGACUGAGCCCUCCAGUGGUCACCAGUGAGAUGACUUGUCUCUGUUUCUACCGGCUCAGUCCUCUUAAAUAAAACCAGAAGCUCAAAGAAAGAAAGGUGACUUGCUACUGGUCAGAAUGGGUUCUCCUCCCUUCUUGAAAAAAUCGUCUUUGUGUUUGUGCAAAAAAUUAAAACAUUGUGUACACUUAUGUUUGGAUCUGUUUUUUGUUUGCCCAAUAACACUGACUGUUCUUGCUGUAAUAGUCAGUGAAAGUUCUUGCCAUGUUUUAGAUGAGUGCUUCAAGACUGUAUAAUUUGAAACAUACAGAUUUGGUUGUAAUGAGAUGAAUAGUGUUUCAAAUCUGAGGAAUCUGUUAUGUGUAAUCUUAAGAGUUGGCUUGAACUAAAACACUGACUUUAUUUUUAUUUUUUCUCAUUGUGUCAGCUUUGACUGUCUAAUGGCUUGUGCAAUGCAUUAUGUGAAAUUUUGAGAAAUUGUAAAUAAUUGUCAUAAA